AUGCACCGAGCUAUUGCACGAACAGAGCUGCUCGCAGUCUCACCACUGUGAAUUACUCAUUGCCAGGAGUGUGUGUGUGCAGAGAGGAGAGAGAAGGGAGAGAGGUGAAGGGAACACUGGCGGAUUUGGAUACAACUGGAAAACUACCAAGCGCGCACACCGCGCACUGUAAGCGGAAGGCACAUCGACGGUGCGUGGCCAACGUUUCACCUAGUCGCCGUCCUCCUGCGAUCGGACUCCGCCAAGAAUGGAGCUCCCCGCCGCCGGAGAGCAUGUCUUUGCGGUGGAGGGCAUAGAAAAGAAGCGCAUUCGGAAGGGCAAGAUAGAGUACCUGGUCAAGUGGCGAGGCUGGUCUCCCAAAUACAACACGUGGGAACCAGAGGAAAACAUCCUUGACCCGCGUCUCCUUGUGGCGUUUCAACACAGGGAGAAGCAGGAGCAGCUGAUGGGAUAUCGAAAACGGGGGCCAAAGCCAAAACAUCUUUUACUCCAGGUGCCCUCAUUUGCCCGGAGGUCAAGUAUUCCUGCAAGUCUGGAGGAAACAUCUCAGGAUGCAGAAAGCAGCACCAAGUCGGAUCCCGUCCAGGUCCAGCGCUCCCAGCCACAGCAAUACCAGCUGAACAGCAAGAAACACCAUCAGUACCAGCCCAGCAGCCAGGAGGUCUCUGCUGACCAGCUAGUCAACAGCAAGAAGAAGUUGAUCUAUCAGCUAAACAGCAAGAAGCACCACCACUAUGAGCCAGACCCACAUAUGUACGACACACAGGCUUCCAGGCUCAAGGAAGUGGUCAAAGUUCAGGAACCUGCCAGUAAACCGGCAAAUCCUGGUUGGAACUUACCGCUCGCCCUGCAGCAGAAAUGGAUCCGUGACAAAGACACAGGCUGCCUGAGCAAAGUCAAAGAGCUGGCCGUGGAAGUGACUAAACCGGCUGUUAAAGAGGCCCAGAGUGAGAAUGCACUUAAGCCCAAUCCUAAAGAUGCAACGCUGCCCAGUGCUAUUAGCAGCAAAAUGAAGAUAAUAAAGAAUAAAAACAAAAAUGGACGUAUUGUCAUUGUCAUGAGCAAAUACAUGGACAGUAACAAGGUUCAUGGCACAAAGGGGAAACAUGGGGAAUCAUCAAAAGAAGAAAAUCCGCAAAGCACCAAACCAUCCGAAAACAAUCCAGCGCACAGAACCAAAAUUGUGGAACAUCCAGAGAACGGUAUCCCCAAAGAAAAUGGCAGCUCCCUCUCUGGAGCAGAGCAUCCCAUAAAAUGCUCCCCGAAAGACAGACAUUUCUCCAAACCGUCUCCAAGCACAGCGGAGGAGUACAACACCGAAGUGGCCCGUGGUCAAGCUGAUUUACCAGAAGAUUUGCCCUUACAGCUGACCGCCAGCUCUCCUCCAACAUCUUGGACCGUUGACACCAGCAUUCCCACUCCGACGGCCGUCGAUCAGUUCAGGGUCCCCUCCUUCUCCACUGACCGCAAGCGGAAGCUCUCCGAUCCCGUGGAGGACAAGACUGUUGCCAAAAUGUAUCUGACAUCAAGGAGCUUAAGUGUCCCCAGCACUGUGGUGACGCCACCUCAGGACAAACCUAUCGAUCUGCACUGUAGUGCGCUACCCCACAGCAGUAUAUGUACAUAUGAAGAAGGGGGUAGUCAGGAGGAGCCAAUGGACCUCAGCUGUCCGAAAAAUAAGAAGCAGGUCGAGGCGGAAACACAGCCAGAGCCUGAGCCAGAGCCCCCCGUCAGCGACACACCAGCUGUCACAGAGGACACACGGAAAUCCACAGAGAAAACUGACCAGACACUUGCUAAAAAAAUCUCCCCGUUUAUGGGAAAUAUCAUCAUCACUGAUAUCACAACAAACAGUCUCACCGUCACCUUCAAGGAAUACGUUUCUUUCUAAAGAACUGUCUGAGAGACAGGGCCAUCAGCAACUGAUUGGCUGAGCUUGUUGAUAUGUUGAUAUGUAAAAAAAAUAUGAAUUUUGUAUAUAUAGAAAUUUAUAAUUUAUCAGUCAAAUUCAGUAUGUUUCUUAUAAUGUUUUAUACUGUAACUGCUCUGUCAUCUUGUAGCCAAGAAAGUGCCCUCGAGGAUUUGAGUGAAUGCAUUUAAGUGGAAAUAUUUCACCCAAAAAAAAAAAAAAAUCCGUCUAUUUGUCACCUAGAGCUUAAUGGGAUUUUAUUGCUGUUGUUUCAUACAUGUACCAAACUUAUAACCUAAGAUGUAUGAAGGUUUAUACAUAUUUUGUAUUUCUGAAAUUUCUUAUUUUGGUCCUUUGAAGUUAGGGAGGAAGUUAUAGAGUGUAUGGUGAUCAAAGAUCGAAUUCAAAGCACUUAAUGCAUUUUCAUGUGUUUGCUUGUCUCAUAUUUCAAAAAUUCGUAUUACUUUCUAUUCCAAAAUAACGGUGCCCUUUUAGUAAAUUGGCAUACUUUAUUUCCCGUUCAUUUUAAAGGCAGGUGUAUGUGACUAUAGAGUAAAUCCGUCUGGGGGCGAGUGUCCUGCUCCCUCCUGUCAAUCUCCUCAUCGUUUCUUUUGCCAUAGUUGUCUUUCAUCAUUUAGAUACAGCAAACAUAUCAGUUUCAACUUUAUCUUCUAUAUAGCAUAUUUUACAUUUAAGAAUGGAAAAAAAAUGACACGUAAACGUUUAAAGGUCGGUUACUGUAAGAAAAUAGUGUCAUUUAUAAAAUGUGACUUCCCCUCGAGGUACUGUACUUGAUUCCUACUAGAAUAAAGUGUGAUUAUAGGCACGUUGUUUACCUCACAUAUUGCGGGGGCUCAUCUCAUUUUGCCGUUAAAGCUCACCAUAUAACCCGAAGAGCACAUGUGGGCACUAUUUGUUUAAUAAAAGCUACCAGGGUCAUCGAUGAGUAUGUUUUAGAGAUUAAAUGUGACUUGCGAGGCUGACUUUGUAUCCUGUUACAUGCAAUCUGAUGAGUGCAAGCCGUUUUAAUUAUGCUGCUGAAACUUCUAAGCUGUUGGAUGUAAUUUGAGUCUAAAUGGCCUUCAUGCACAUUUAAUGCAAAUCCAGUCAGAAUGCUAAAAUGCUAUGAUAAUGAAAAUGAAGAGUGCAUAUUUAUUGAAAUUUAAUAUGUUGUUUGAAAACAGUCGGAGGUGGUUUGCUGCGUUCGAAGCUGCAGUUGACUCCAUUGAACAGUUUCACCUUUAAUUACUUGGAGCCUGAUUGCAACUUUUUGUUUUGCUUCUUCCUUUUUGCACUCUGUCCAAAGUUCAAAUGAUUGUUAUAAAGUAUGUUAUAUCGGCUGACUUGCUGGCUCAGCUCCUUUGGAUGGUAAGUUUCACAAUAAAGACAGAGAUCUGACCUCUGA